UCUUGUGCGUGUACAUGAUGCAUAUGUGCUAAUAUGUGUAGUAGAGAGGCUACCUGCCAUGGUGCCACCUAGUCCCUAUUUCCUAUUUUAUUCGGUUCAUUUGGUACAUCCGUGUCUCUUCAUCAGUGCUUCCGAUCCAUUUCUUAAUCCAAACCAAACAAGCAAAUUUCGUUAGCAUCUUGUUUCCACCUGAGUUCUGCUUUAACUGUAUAGUAUAAUUCCAACUGCCAACCCUAGAAUGUGACUAGGAUAAAACAUCCACCUUUUUUUUUGUGUGUAUAAGCUGGUGCUUUUGAGAAGAUAUUUGAAAUGUUUUUUUUCCUGUAUGUCAUGCACGGUUCAUUUUUGAAAGGUACAUGAGCACAUAUUUCAGCACUUGAUUGGGCAUUUUUUCCAUUAGAAAAUAAUUUUCACCUUGGUUUCAUAUGUCAAUUCUGUGUACAGCAGAACACUCUAAAUAUCAUGUUCUGAAAUAGAUAUGGGUUAGGCAGUGUAGAAGAAAAAGAUUAGAUUUCAGCAAGUCUGGAUACAAAACUGCAUUUUUCCUGCAUCUGUAUGUCUUACCUGAUGAAUACUAGGAGCUAUUCAGCCGCAUCGAGUUUCUUGUUCGUGAUUGUAUAACAACCAAACAAGUGGUUCCAGAUCUAACACAUAUACUAAAUUCUUUGUAGUGUAUCUAUGUCUCAAGCAAGCUAUCUGCCAUUUUUCAUUUCUCUUUCAGUUCGUAUUUCUAACUUGCUGAUCAUUUCUUUAUCGCAGAGUCUGACAUCAUGCAAAGUCCUAGCAAAAUUUCCAGCGCCUCUGCCUCUCCUACAACCCCUGCUGUGUGCAGGCUUCAAGGAUGGGCGGAUCUCCCAGAAGGUCUGCUUCAAUCCAUCAUUCCUCUGUUGGGCUCCUUCCUCGAGGUCCUCGCUUUUGCGGGCACCUGUCGCUCUUGGCGCUCCGCCUUCUCCUCAUACCCAUCCAAAUCCACAUUCUGCACCUUGUUCCCACCUCUCCUUGUCCGACCUCAUAUCAGAGUCCAUGCUCGUCGUCUCCCUUCCAGAAGUGAUGACGGUCACAAGCUCCGCACAUGCCAGGUCCUUGAUCUAGCCAACCUGGGAACUGCCCUGCGCUGCCAGAUUCCUGAAGACACAUUUGAGAUGUUACGCUUUGCAGGCUCUUCUUAUGGUCAGCUGAUUUGUGGUGGCGGCAGAAAUUGUGUUGUGGUUGAUGUAUUCACAGGUGCCAGAGUUUUACCACCACAGCUCCCAUUCAGAUUCAGUGGGGACACUUAUUUCUACUCUGGCAUGCUGACAGCUCCCCUCGCCUCACAUGAUGCACACCUCCUAGUUUGCGCCGCACCCAAACAAGGCAGCACCCAACACUCCCUGCUUGAUUGGCCACUUGGAAGUGAUUCUUGGUCAGAACUAAGGCUCAAUGAUUCACGGAUUGAGCAGAUUGUGGAGUUCAAAGGUCAGUUCAUUGCGCUGGACUAUGAGUACAGGCUCCACACUCUAUCCUUGGCCCCCCAGCUUGGUCUGCAGGAGAUAUCAACUGUGUGGUGGGAUGACAUGGAUGCAUGCCCGUAUCUAAGGCCAUGGCUUGUGGUGUGUGGUGACAUGCUCCUCAUUGUUGACCACUACAUAUCCCUUUUAUUUGAUGGGGCACCUGUCAACUACGAAGCUUAUCGCCUCGACAUGUCAACUGUACCUGCAGUUUGGGUGAAGGUAGAGAAGCUGGAGAAUUACGUGCUCUUUAUUGGAAGCGAUGUGAGGAGCCCUGCGUUUUCUUGCAUCAGCCCGGGACGAUGGGGUAGGAGGAACAACUACUUGUACUACGCAUAUUAUGAUGUACCCUGGAUCUUGCAUGGGCUUGGUGAUGAGGCAGAUGCUGUGUGGGAUCCAGACAAUGACCCUGACAUUGAGUUCAAGAGGAACUGGUACACCCAAUUGCAGCCCUUUUGGGUGUACCCAAGCAUGUUCUACGCUGAUGCUGAUGGCGAGUGACGGAUGCGUCUUCCAUCUGCUUGUGCUGAAAUCUCGCCUUCAUUCUCCAUAGAGAUUAGUAAUCAGAGACUUGCAUUAAACUGGGGAUAUGUAAGCAGACUUUUCAGUUUCGCUGUUUGGUUGUUUUUGUGUCUGCACUUGCACUACUAAAUCGUUUGAUCUAGUUGUGUAACUGUUGGCUAUGUGCUGCAAACCUUGAAAGCCCAGAAGUCUGGAACUAAUUACUGUUAUUUGAAGAGUAGAAAACGUUUGCAAUGCUUCAUCUA